AUGGUACACCUGAUGGUGAGGAGGGAACACGCCACACACUCCACAAGCCAUCCUCACACUGUCCAAGCCAUCCUCACACUGCCCAAGCCACUCGCACACUGUGCAAGCCACUCUCACACUGCCCAAGCAACUCUCACACUGCCCAAGCCACCCUCACACUGUCCAAGUUCACCCUUAUACUGUCCAAACUACUCACUCAAACCAAGACAAUCUCACGUUGCCCAAGCCACCUUGGCACUUAUCAAGCCACUGUCACACUGGCUAAGCCACUCUUACACUCCCCAAGCCACCCUUAUACUGUCCACUGUCACACUGUCCAAGCUACCCUCAGACUGCCCAGGCCACUCUCGCACUGCCGAAGCCACCCAAACUGCCCAAGCCAUUCUCACACUGCCAAAGCCACCCUCACACUGCCCAAGCCGCUCUCACACUGCCAAAGGUCACCCUCAUGUUGUCCAAUCUCAGCCCAAGCCACUCUCACGUUAUCUAAGCCACCUUCGCACCGAACAAGCUACUCUCACACUUCCCAAGCCACUUUCAUACUGCAUAGCUACUCUCUCACUGCCCAAGCCACCCUCACAUUGCCCAAGCCAUCCUCACACUGUCAGAGCCACCCUCACACUGCCCAAGCCACUCUCACACUGCCCAAGUCAAUUUUCUCACUGCCCAAGCCAUCUCACACUGUCCAAGCCACUCUUAUAUUGCCCAAGCCACUUUCACACUGCCCAAGCCACUCUCACACUGCCCAAGUCAAUUUCUCACUGUCCAAGCCACCUCACACUGUCCAAGCCACUCUUACACUGCCCAAGCCACUUUCACACUGCCCAAGCCACCCUCACACUGUCCAAGUCAAUCUCGUACUGCCCAAGCCACUCUCACACUGCCCAAGCCACUCUCACACUGCCCAAGCCACUCUCAUACUGCCCAAGUCACUCUCACACUGCCCAAGCCACCCUCACACUGCCCAAGCCACUCUCACACUGCCCAAGCCACUUUCACACUGCCCAAGCCACCCUCACAAUGUCCAAGUCAAUCUCAUACUGCCCAAGCCACUCUCACACUGCCCAAGCCACUCUUACACUGCCCAAGCCACUCUCAUACUGCCCAAGUCACUCUCACACUGCCCAAGCCACCCUCACACUGCCCAAGCCACUCUCAUACUGCCCAAGUCACUCUCACACUGCCCAAGCCACCCUCACACUGCCCAAGUCACUCUCACACUGCCCAAGCCACUCUCAUACUGCCCAAGCCACUCUCACACUGCCCAAGUCACUCUCACACUGCCCAAGCCACCUUCACACUGCCCAAGCCACUCUCACACUGCCCAAUCCACUCUCAUACUGCCCAAGUCACUCUCACACUGCCCAAGUCACUCUAACACUGCCCCAAUCCACCCUCAAACUGCCCAAGCCACUCUCACACUGCCGAAGCCACUCACACUGCCCAAGCCACUCUCAUGCUGCCCAAGUCAAUCUCACACUGCUCAAGCCACCCUCACACUGCCCAAGCCACUUUCACACUACCCAACCCACUCUCACGCAGCCCAAAUCAAUCUCACACUGCCCAAGCCACUUUCACACUUCCCAAGCCACUCUCACACUGUCCAAGCCAUUCUCACACUCCCCAGGCUAUCUUCACAGUGUCACCCUCAUUCCGUCCAAGGCACUCUCACACUACCUAGACUAUCCUCAUACUGCCAGGAUCACCCUCAUAUUGCCCAGGCCACCGUCACAAUCUCCAGGCCACCCUCAUAUCUUCCAGGUCACCCUCACACUUGUCUAA